AUGCAUCAAAAUGUCAAAGUCACGGUGCAAGGACGUUCAGAGCUGUACAUACUGAUCACUGCAGGAAUCAAUGCCCCAGUGGCUGAUGGGAAACGGUCCUGGCGUGGAGCGGUGACACUGCUGCAUCCCCCCCGAUGUGUGAUGUCAGCGAGUUGGGUCCAAAGUUUGGGAGUUAUUUCAGGCCGAGUGGACUCGGGUUCCUCUGGUUGGUCCUGAGUGAAGUCAGUAGAUUCUGAAGAGCUCUAAUGAAGUACGGCUCGUUACCUUAAAGGGACAUUCCGGCAUAAAACUAAGUCAGGGUCAAACCCACCGUAACACCGAGUUAGACCCCGCCUCCAGAGAUGAAUGUUGUCGACCGCUUCCUUCUCUAGUUAUACCAACUUUAGUAACGACCGCAGGAUAGAAAUACAGAGAGACACGCCCCCAACCAAAACGCCACUCUAUAGCCACAAAUAAUGCUCAGAACAGCACCUAACUUCAUCAACAGGACAUAUAGGGUCACAGACAUAGUACUAGACACCAAACAUCUUUUUAACUUUGACUCAUUUCUUUAGCAAAGAGACUAAACACAACUCACCUACUCUCUUCCAGCAGACGCUUGUUUGUAGUGAGACCUCAGGCCAGUCCAUUACAGACUACAGCGGGGUGACGCAGCUCAAGGAAGAACAUUUAUGAUCAUGAGCUGUCUCUCUAAAGACAGACACAUAGACAUAUAAGCAGUAGAUUGUGUCCUUCCAGAGGAGGAAAUCUACUUCUAGACUUCUAGAAUCAGCAUCUCCUCAUCCAUGGUGUCAUCGGGGUGAAAUGACGUCUAAAAACCUUUCACUUGUUCGUCUCCGCCCGUUUGCAUGGUGUGAAAUACGAUCCUCCUGAAACACGGAGUGUUUUAUUUUGAAAAGAAGACGGAUGUUUUAUUUUGUGUCUGUGCCCGACUUCCUUUCCAGCACGGGUUAAUCUGUGCUGAAUUUAUCCGCCAUGCUCCGGCGUCCAGAAAAAAUAGAACUCUUGUGAUCAGCUGAGGAGUCCGGCGAUCCGCAAAGGAACAGAAAGAAGUCGCUGUAAAUUGACACGUUAACUUGAAUGGUUACGAUCAGCUACGAUCGGAGGAUACGACCUUUUAGGAGACGAUCAGGAUGAAGGUGGAGGUCGGGGGUAACAGCUAAUCUUGUGUCUCCCCCUGCAGGUCAGGAGGACUACGACAGGCUGCGGCCUCUCAGUUACCCUCAGACCGACGUCUUCCUGGUGUGUUUCUCGGUGGUUUCUCCGUCUUCCUUUGAGAACGUCAAAGAAAAGGUGAGCUCGGUCCUUUUGUUGGUCUGCGAACACCUUCAGAGGUUCUUGAAGUCCAGCUGAGAGGUUCUAGCAAGAAUUAGAGACGGUAUCAGACACCUCUCACCCCUGUUUCACCUCUGCUCCUCACAGUGGGUCCCAGAGAUCUCACAUCACUGCCCGAAGACGCCUUUCCUGCUGGUCGGGACUCAGGUGGAUCUGAGGGACGACAGCAACACUCUGGAGAAACUGGCCAAGAACAAGCAGCGACCCUUGACCUGUGAGAUGGGAGACAAACUGGCCCGGGACCUGAAGGCCUGCAAAUACGUGGAGUGUUCGGCUCUAACACAGGUGAGCAGAGAGUGAGGAAACAUCUGGGUCCUCAGAGACCUGAACUCUAACCCCUGAUCCGUCUGUGUCCCUCAGAAAGGACUGAAGAACGUGUUCGACGAGGCCAUCCUGGCUGCUCUGGAGCCUCCAGAGACCAAACCCAAGACCCGCUGCGUGCUGCUAUAG